UAGAAGAAGACAAAUUGUGAGCCUGUGGUAUCUGCAUCGUUUUACCUAUGGAAAAUAGGAAGACAAUUUGACAAUGGUUCUUGAAAUAUCAUUUUAAACAUUACUAAUGAUGUUCAGGCUAUUGGUAGAUCGUAUUUGGCCGGAUUAACUAGCUCCGCAAUAUCUGGUGCUAAAUUACCUCUUUGUCCCAAUUGUUUUUUAGCUGAGAAGGCUUGUUGUUUAAAUACUGUACUAGCUAACAGUAGAUAAAUUACGUCUGUGACCUGUCACAGCUGAGCUGGCUAGCAACAUAGAUAGGCGUGUUUAAAUUAAUUGUCAACUAAGCUUGCUAGACGACGGGGUUGCCUUGUUAUAUAUAUCAGUGUAGUGUGCAGGGGAGAGAUGGGCACCCUGGGCAGCCGCAUGCAGGCCUCCUCCCAGGAUCCGGAGGAAGAAGUUGAGACUGCAUGUGCCAGUGGCAAGCAUGGAUGCGAGUGCAGAAAGAGGAAACGGACUGCACACUGUGACUGUGACAGUGAGCCUGAUGAGGAAGAUGCCUUACUGGACACACCACGGAGGAAGAAGCUAAAGAGCACUUCUAAGUACAUCUAUCAGACCUUGUUCCUGAACGGGGAGAACAGUGACAUCCGCAUCUGUGCCCUUGGGCAGGAGUGGAACCUGCACAAAGUCUACCUGUGCCAGUCGGGGUAUUUCUCCAGCAUGUUCAGUGGAUCCUGGAAGGAGUCCAACAUGAUGGUCAUACCGUUAGAGAUCCCAGACCAGAACAUCGACACAGAGGCUCUGCAGGUAGUGUUUGGAUCUCUGUACCGGGAUGAUGUUCUGAUCAAGCCCAGCAGGGUGGUCAGUAUCCUAGCAGCAGCUUGUAUGCUCCAACUGGAUGGUCUGAUCCAGCAAUGUGGCGAGACAAUGAAAGAGAACGUCAGUGUCAAGACUGUGUGUGGCUAUUACUCCUCUGCCAGCAUCUACGGCCUGGAUUCUGUUAUGAAGAAGUGUCAGGAAUGGCUCCUCAAUAACCUCAUGACCCAUCAGAAUGUUGACCUGAUGAAGGAGCUAGGAGCUACCCCGGUCAACUGUAAGUCACUACCGAGUUCCAAGCUGCCUCGGGAAGCAACAGCGGACGUGAUGGAACCGCUGAUCCAGUCGUCUGACCUCUUCGUCAUGCAGGUGGAGAUGGACGUCUACACAGCCCUGAAAAAGUGGAUGUUCCUGCAGCUCAAUCCAUCCUGGGACGGUCCCAUCAAGCAACUGCUGGCUGACGCUGACACCUGGCUUUGCAAACGUAGAACUGAGUUGGGAGAGGAGGAGCCCUUCUUAAAAACAGAGGACGGCGCUCCCUUUACUCCCGUCUUCAGACAUGUGCGCCUUCAAUACAUCAUCAACGACCUGGCAUCUGCACGCAUCCUGGAGAGAGACAAUAUUCUCCCACCCGAUUGGCUGACUUCCGUGUACAAGAGCCAGUGGUUUGCCAUGCUACGGACGGAGCACGACAAUGACAAUGGUCCACAGGAUGCCAACAAGGAGGAGUUUGAGUCAAGCAGUAUGAGGUGUGGCAGGAAACUGACCAAAGAUGGAGAUUACUGUUGGCGGUGGACAGGUUUCAACUUUGGCUUUGACCUGCUAGUGACCUACACCAACCGCUUCAUAGUGUUCAAGAGGAAUACACUGAGCCAGCCAUGUGGGGGAGCUGUGAGUCUGCAGCCUCGGAGGCAUCUAGCAUACAGGUUACGCCUGGCCUCCUUUGAUAACAGUGGGAAGCUGGUGUGUAGUCGAUCCACUGGUUACCAGCUUCUCACCCUGGAGAAAGACCAGGAGUAUGUGGUGAUGAACCUGGACAGUCGGCUCUUGUCGUUCCCCCUCUACGUGUGCUGUAACUUCCAGUACACAUCUCCUCAUAUGGACCGCCGUCCUGAUGCCCCUGAACCAGAGAGCAGUACCCGCAGUGUAUCCUGAUAUCAGCUCCACACCCUCAACCAGUCCCCUCUCUGACCACAGGCUGUGGCCCACAGCUUCUACCCCACACAACCCUGGCAUCUGCAUGCUCUUUAGCCCAAUCUAUUGUGUUUUGGGGUACGUUGUUUUUCAAAAAUAUUAAUUGUUCUUCAGUUGUCAUGGUUAAUAUUUGAUUUCAUUCAUUUGAUAUGCCUUUUUAUAUUAUUUAUUUGGCUUUUUUUAUUAAAGAAAAAAAAAAACGUACACUGCCAAUGAAUAGUCCACACCAGUGGGCUGUGGUGCUAUCAGAAGUGUGACCAUGGUCAUCUCUCACAGGGAAUUAUCAGUUACUAGUUCUGUACAUCCAUUACUAUCCUCUUAUGUAAUUACUAACGCAUACAGUAUUGCUAAUUGAGUAUGUUGGCUACUAGUGGGUCCGAAUUAGAUGUGAAUUUCAAAUACCUAUGGCAGAAUAUGGUGCUGCUUUUAAACUUUCAAAGUUACUUUAAUUUCUAGUCUACAUUUUGGAUAAUUGUAAUAUACCUGCCUUAAUGUAUUGUAAGAUGUUGGGCAAAUUGAUUUAUUUUGGACCAAAGUGGCAUGGCAGUCUUUGACAAAAUAGUUUACUGAUCUGUCAGUUUCCUCAACAGUGGGGUCUUACCUUUACACUUUGCAGUCAUUCAUAUCGUACUAUUCGUAUUGCUGCAUUGUCGAAGGAACCUGCAAGUAAGCAUUUUGUUGGACAGUGUAUACCAUGUGUAUCUUGUACAUAUGACUAACUUGUGCUGUAAUAUCCUCACUGAAAUGCUGUCAAUUAGUUCACCAUUAGUGUCUGUGCAUACAUUUGUACAUUAUACAGGUUUCACUAUGCUGUACAUGCUUAGUUAUUAAAACUGGUGUUUUCAAAAGCUGUACAA